AUGUUCGAGAAGGUCGGCUUCUCCCCAGAGAAAGUGGUGACUUGCCACGGGGACCUGCAUCAUCUCCAGUGCACGAAGGACAGGAGGAAGUGUAGGGGGUUGCGCGAAGAUCGUUCAGAUGAAGUUUGGCCCGCUGCGGUAAUUCCCGACGGGCUGGAUACAGAAAUAGAUCCUGGGGGACUUCGAUUCCGCGACGCGGUACAUUUGGAGCGGGACUGCUUCAAGUGUCCUCGGUGUGGAUCUCUGGCUAGACCCAAUGUUUGGUUUUGUCACGACAAGAACUACAACGCAUCCACGGAUGCCCUAGUACGUGGCGAUGCGUACAAUCAGUGGCUCUGGAAGCUGCAUGAAAACAAAGCUGCUAUUGUGGUCGUGGAGUGUGGAGGGGGGCUUGCAAUCCCCAGCGUUCGUGUUCAGGGUGAGGAUGCGGUGGAUGGCGGGGGCAAAGGAUCCCGUCUCAUACGGAUAAAUCCGGUCCACUGCAAGGUGCCGCCGACGAAUGGAAUCGGCAUUCCAAUGGGCAGCAUGCAAGGACUCAAGCUCCUCGACGCAGCCCUCAUGAAGCCAAAAGCCAAAUGCAAGAAGGAUGUCAAGGGCCGCGAAAAGCCAAGUGAAAGCAGCCUGAUUUCUCCGGUGGGUGCAUCGGGUGCUUUGCUGAAUAUCGGCUUAGCAGACACACGCCCCGCGGAUAUUUCCGGCCGGGACUUUGUUUCGGCUGGUCCGUAUGUCACGAACGACAAGUUCCGCCUGCCCAAAGGGCUCAGCGAUGCAGUGGCCUGUAACGGUGAUCGAACUGGCUGCCACCGACCCGCGACCGCAGGACCCAAACCUUGGGAGUUUGCUUGGCGAAUCAUCGAAGACUGUGCGGAGCGUGAGCAACGCGUCCGAGAUGCUGCAGCAUGGCCCCAGCCCGAUCAUGACAAGUCCGUUUCGUCCCCACAGGCUUCCUGCUCUACCAAAGCGCUGAAGACGAGGCGACCACAAAGCUACAGAACUUUGUAUUUGCUGUGCCGCUUCUUGAAGGCAGCCGAGAUGCUUCUGGAGAGGUCACUGCAUGGAGAUGCAGCGGUAGAUGAUGUGGUGCAGGAGGAGAGGCUCGUUAUAAAUGUCUUGGAGAGACCAAGACAGCCUGCACGCUUCUUGCUGAGGCUUGAGCUGCUUGUGUUAAUGAAGAUAGCUAAUGGAACUUAUGCCGCUGAACACCAGCUCGGCAUCGACAAGGAUUUGGUUGGUCCCGUUUCGAUUGUCCUGCUCGGCGAGCGGAGGGCACAAUACACCUUGGCUCACAGAGCUCACACCGGGAGCCCACGGCAAAUGGCCAGCUCCAGUCUUGCACUCGGCCGUGGCAUGACAGAGCAGACCAAGCAGUGGCUCGUCGAUUUGGUGAAUUUCAGCUUGAGUCGGCUGAUGUUUCGCUCUUGCUUGGCCUACACAACUAGACCGCAGAAUUCUGAGCAGGGCGACCUCGUCGUUUUCAAGGUGCACAAUCCAGAGGACUCACGAGACUUCGUCGAGUGCCAGUGCCUCGCUUUGGAGUACGCCACGGCACGAGGUGCGAGCUGCCAGCAUUUGUUACGAUCUCAAGACACAGGCGAGGCACUUCUGGCGAUGGAUUUACCUGAAGGAGGCAAAGAAGGCAGAUGCUUCUGCAGAGCCUUGUCCUUCUUGCCUGGGCAGAUGCUCGCGGACGCCGCUGCCGAGGCCGGCUCGGACUCUGGCAAGCUGGCCUCGCUGUUUGCAGCUGUUGGGGAGGCUGUUGGAAGCAUCACUGCGGCCUUGCAGGAGUUCCAGCAUUCUGCGGCAACUCGUGAGUUUGUAUGGGAUCUGCAGCGAUGCUUUGAAGUAGUUGAGUCGCACAUCGGUGAUGUCAAGGAGGGCCAGCAGCAGGAUCUGGUCCGGCGGGUACUUGAUGCUCAGCGCUUGCAACUGAAGUCCUCGCUGCCGAAGCUUCGGCGAUCUAUCGUCCACAACGACCCGAACGAUUACAACCUCGUCGUUGGGGUUGAUGGGCGAGUUGGGGUACUGGACUUCGGGGACAUGCUCUACAGUUACACGUGCUCGGAUGCGGCGAUUGGCAUGGCAUAUCUUUUCUUUCAUGUGCCUGAAGACACUCCACUGGCAGAAGGCGUGCGGCCCUUCGUCGAGGCAUAUCAUCAGAAGUGUCCCCUCGACGAGGCCGAAGCCGAUGCACUCUUUGCGCUGGCCGUCUGUCGUGUUUGCACCUCGGUCUGCAUGUCUGCUUACCAAAGCAGACUUGAUCCCGGCAAUGAGUAUCUGCUCAUAAGCGCGAAGCCUGCCUGGAGAUUGCUGGAGCGAGUGGACAAGUUCCCGGGUGAUGCUGCCAAGGUCGUGUUGCGAGAAGCAUGCGGUUUCCAGGCAGCUUGA